AUCUUUCAUCUCUAGUGCAAGUUAAAACCUUCCGAAAUAAUAAUAUAAAAAAAAAAAAUAUUCUCAUUAGAGCAUGGCUUCUGGUAGCAUAAACGUAAGUGGCUUGGAAUUUGGACAGAUUAAUACUGUUUACCCCACAGGAAUUCAUAAAGCUACUAUAGUCUGGCUACAUGACGUAGGAAACACAGGCUUCAACUCACUUGAGCCUCUGCAAAAUUUGCGUCUUCCCAAUAUAAAAUGGAUUUGUCCGACUGCUCCUAGACGUCGUGUUACUUCCUUGGGUGGAGAGAUAACCAAUGCAUGGUGCGACAUCGCAAAAGUUUCUGAGAACAUGCAAGAUGAUUUUGGAACUUUAAAUUAUGUAAAUGAAUAUAUUACUAGCCUUUUCUCUAAUGAACCACAAAAUGUCAUAAAAGGAGUGGCAGGUCUCGGCUUGGGUGCAGCACAAGCUCUUUAUUAUACGAGUUGUUAUGCCUUUGGAUGGGUUCCCAUAAACCCACAAAUUGUUAUAGGGAUCAAUGGUUGGCUUCCUGGCUGGAGGAGAUUAGAAUACAAUAUGAAUAAUACUAAUUUUGGGACCGCAAAUCGUGCUGCAGCAUCAAAAAUCUUAAUUCUGCAUGGAACGUCUGAUGAUGUAGUUCCCUCUUCAUUCGGAUACAGAUGUGCUGACUCCCUUCGCAUGGCUGGAUUUCCAACCUUGUUCAAACAAUGUGGAGGGGAUCAUGUAAUUAAUGAGAUCCGUGUCUGGCUCACAAACCUUGGGCUUUGAGGAUAUGGUUAAUUUCUGCAUAAAGAAAACAAAUGGGGAGCAAAACUAUUAUCGUACAAUAUAAUAAAGUGUUUAGUUUUGAGCUUUCGUUUUUUGUCUUUGUUAUUCAUAAUCAAUAGUUAAUGUAUUAUUCUUCGUUCGAAACCGUUAAAAAGGUGAAUUAUAUUUCUCCA